UCAGACCGGAAAAUGGAGCCAAGUCUUGAUAUACUGUCAAAAGAAGACGUAAAAAAAUGUAUAAAUGCAGAAGUACUGAUGGAAAAACUAGAAUUUGCAUUGGCUGAUUACUCUAAAGGAGAAGAUGGAGGUACGCAGCAACCACUUAGACUUACCAUUCCUGUAGAUCACUAUAAAGGGUACGAGUUUGGACUUAUUUUUGAGCGGUUCUUUUUUUCGUGUUCAUAAGUCAAAUCAUCGUGGUUAGCUUACGUAAUACAAUUUAUAAUUUUUAAUAUUAGACGUAAGUUUAUUGAAAUUUUCGAACAAUUGAUUAUAGAAUUAAAUAAGCUAAAUUAAUACAUGAAUAUAACUUAGCAAAUACUUCGUAACAAGUGGUCUCUUUGAACUCUAGUAAUAUUAUAUGGACAACUAGGACGAUCUAUUAUUCUUCUAAAAGUUUGUCAAAACAAGAGGUUAAAACGUACAUGAUUUUCAAGAAUGUUUGCACGUUUUGUAAACAUUAAAGAUAUAAAUUUAUAAACGAAAUUCUUUUCCUCAGCCGUCAGUUCGUUAUGUCAGCCUUUAGUCAAAGAGAGAAUGCUCUAGCCACGAAGGUUGUCGGCUUCUACCCAGAGAACAAGGAUGAGCCUACUCAUCCAUCAGAUAUAAUGUUGUACAAUCCAUUGAAUGGAUCUUUACAAGCUAUAAUGGACGGAACAGUUAUAACAGAAUAUAGAACUGGUUUGGUUUCUGCUAUAGCUUCGAAACAUUUAGCUAAUCCCACUUCGAAGAUUUUAGCCAUUCUUGGAUCUGGUGUCCAAUGCACUGGACAUUUUAAUGCGCUAUCCUUGUUGUAUAAUUUCGAUGACGUUCGAAUUUGGAAUAUAAAUAUUCAAUCAGCCGAAAUAGCUGCAAAAAAAUUAGGUAAACCAUGUAGGGUAUGUACAACUGCUGAAGAGGCUGUAAAAGAUGCUGAUAUAAUAUGUACCGUUACAUCUACAAGUACACCUGUUUUAAAUAAGGAUUGGGUAAAACCUGGUUGUCACAUUAAUUCGGUUGGGGCGGUCAAACCAAAAUGGCAGGAAUUGGAAAGCGAUCUAAUGAGAAGCUCAGUUGUUUACGUUGAUUCGAAAGAAGCAGCUUGUCAAGAAACCGGUGAUAUAAUAAUUUCAAAAUGCGAAAUCUAUGCCGAAAUUGGAGAAGUUAUUAACGGGCAGAAAGAAGCAAGAUGGCACGAAACAACAGUUUUCAAAUCUGUCGGUAAGCUUAGUCAUAAAAAAUAUAUUUUUAUAAAAUAUCUGAAUAAGCUAAUCUAUUUAUAUUCUCAAUUAUAAUUAUACAUAAAAAAAAUACAGGUAUGGCCAUAGAAGACGCAGUAUCUGCUAAAAUGGUUUAUGAAAAGUAUCGCAGUUUAAAAUAAAUAAUAAAUAAUAAAGUUUAUAAAAGAAAAAAGUAUGAUUGUUUUAUUGCUAUAUUGAUUUGAAAGACUCUUAUAUACCAGUAUAUACAGAAUAUAUAUGAAUUCAAUAUAAAUAUAUAAAGAUAUAGUCCAUAUUAUAGAAGAUUGUUAGAAGAUAUGACGUAAAC